ACCAAAAAAAAGAAAAAAUCGUGGUUGCCGCAUGACUUCCACUGCGUCUUCCAAUUCCAAACUUCCACCAAAGACUUCUGUUCCUCAGUCUACUCAGUAUCACAGGCUACACUCCCUGAAUUGGACCAUCAAUUGGCCGUCAAUGGCGGCCCCGGAGAGCUCGACGGCGACUACAGCAGUCAAUAACACCUUGCGACACGCUUUUGGCAACGUUCUCUCCUUCUUCAUUCUCCUUCUGAUUGGAGUUCUUGCUUUCUCGAUCCGCCUCUUCUCUGUUAUAAAGUACGAGAGUGUUAUUCAUGAAUUCGAUCCUUAUUUCAACUACAGAGUCACUCAGUUUCUAUCGAAGAAUGGGAUAUAUGAAUUUUGGAAUUGGUUUGAUGAUCGAACCUGGUAUCCCCUAGGUCGUGUGAUUGGUGGAACUGUGUACCCUGGGUUAACCUUGACAGCAGGCACCAUAUGGUGGUUCUUGAAUUCUCUGAAUAUUCCUCUUUCUGUGGAGACUGUUUGUGUGUUCACUGCACCUAUAUUUUCUGCUUUUGCAUCAUGGGCAACUUAUCUUCUAACUAAGGAAGUAAAGGGAUCUGGUGCUGGACUGACAGCUGCCGCCCUUCUUGCCAUGGUUCCAUCAUAUAUAUCACGAUCUGUGGCUGGUAGCUAUGACAAUGAAGCUGUAGCAAUAUUUGCUUUGAUCUUCACUUUUUAUCUUUACAUAAAGACACUGAACAUGGGAUCGCUCUUUUAUGCCACCUUGAAUGCACUAUCGUACUUCUAUAUGGUUUGCUCUUGGGGAGGUUACACCUUCAUUAUUAAUCUUAUUCCUAUGCAUGUGCUUCUCUGCAUUGUAACCGGUCGUUAUUGUCCUCGGUUGUACAUUGCAUAUGCUCCUCUUGUUGUCUUGGGAACAGUCUUAGCUGCAUUGGUGCCUAUUGUUGGAUUUAAUGCAGUCAUGACAUCAGAACAUUUUGCAUCAUUUUUGGUAUUUAUUGUUAUCCAUGUGGUUGCUCUUGUUUACUAUAUCAAAGGGAUUCUCUCUCCAAAAAUGUUCAAAGUGGCUGUAACACUUGUUGUAUCUGCUGGCCUUGCAGUGUGUUGUGCCAUGAUGGCUGUUCUCAUAGCAUUGGUCGCUUCCAGUCCAACUAAGGGAUGGAGUGGACGGAGUUUGAGUCUCCUUGAUCCAACUUAUGCCAGCAAAUAUAUACCAAUUAUUGCUAGUGUUAGUGAACAUCAACCGCCUACAUGGCCAUCGUACUUUAUGGACAUUAAUGUCUUGGCAUUCUUGGUUCCAGCCGGUAUUAUUGCAUGCUUUUCACCUUUAUCUGAUGCUAGCUCCUUUGUGGUCCUCUACAUUGUGACAUCUGUUUAUUUCUCUGGAGUCAUGGUGCGCUUGAUGCUUGUACUUGCUCCGGCAGCAUGUAUCUUGUCUGGGAUUGCCCUCUCUCAAGCUUUUGAUGUUUUGGCCCGAUCAAUCAAAUUUCAACUACCUGGUUUUCCAACAAAUUCUGAAGUUGAUGCAGGGGAUAGUAAUCCUAUUACUGUUGAAGCAAAAAAUAAUGCGCCUAAAACUGAUAAAACUGGAGAGCCAUCAAAGGAUCGGCCCUCAAGAAAGAACAAGAAGAAGGGAAAGGAGCAGGCAGAAAGGCCUUCUGUCAAGGGUAAACCUGAAAAGAAGAGGCUUCUGGUUUUACCAAUGGGAGCAUCGAUUCUUGCUCUUCUACUACUUGUGUUGCUCAGUGCCUUCUACGUGGUUCAUUCUGUUUGGGCGGCAGCAGAAGCUUACUCAGCCCCUUCAAUUGUUUUAACAUCUUAUUCACAUGAUGGUCUACAUGUUUUUGAUGAUUUUAGAGAAGCUUAUGCUUGGUUGAGCCACAAUACUGAUGUGGACCAUAAGGUUGCAUCAUGGUGGGACUAUGGAUAUCAAACCACUGCUAUGGCCAACCGUACUGUCAUAGUUGACAAUAAUACUUGGAAUAAUACUCAUAUUGCAACUGUUGGUACUGCCAUGUCAUCCCCUGAAAAGGCAGCUUGGGAAAUUUUCAACUCAUUGGAUGUUAAAUAUGUUCUUGUUGUCUUUGGAGGUCUUGUUGGUUACCCCAGUGAUGAUAUUAAUAAGUUUUUGUGGAUGGUCCGUAUUGGAGGGGGUGUGUUCCCUCAUAUCAAGGAGCCUGAUUACCUGGUAAAUUCUUUUCUCUAGCACACUGUUAAGGAAAAUAAGAAACACUUACCUUUGGGCUUCGUAGGAAUACAAGGUUUCUGCCUUUUGCUAAGAAUCUAGCUGGUGUCUCUGUUCUCUGCCAAUUUCUUUUCCUUAUAAUUGUUAUUAACUGUUCCAUUUUAUGCCAUCUACCUAAAGAGAGAUGGUCAGUAUCGGAUUGACUCUGAGGCUACUCCAACCAUGCUGAAUUGUCUCAUGUACAAACUCUCAUAUUACAGGUUUGUGGAGACUGGUGGGAAAGGAUUUGAUAGAGUUAGGCAAACAGAGAUUGGCAAGAAAUAUUUCAAACUUACUCAUUUUGAGGAGGUAUUCACAACUCACCAUUGGAUGGUUCGGAUAUACAAGCUGAAACCUCCAAAAAACAGGAUUCCGGGAAAGUUGAAGAAAUCAAAAUCAAAAUCUAGCUCAAAAAGAAGUGGAACACGGAAGAAUCCUUGGUACUGAUAUUUUGGGUCAGUUAUACGAGUACAUGCAAGAGAACCUAUAGAGAGGCUUGCACACACGGUAGGUGAUUCCUGCACUUGAGAAAUUUUGCAUAUGAUAUGAUCCACCAAGAGGAUUUUGCAGGUUCCAAUCAUCUAUGUAAUAUUUAACACAGUUUUUAGGAAACACAGAUAAAUUUUGCAAUUUUUGUUUUCUUGUUUAUUUAGAUUUAUAGAUGAUUGUGAUGGCUCAGUUCUAAUAUGUUAAAGUUUCCUUCCAACUUCUUCUCUUCAAUAUUAACCCCAUCAUAUAACAUGCCAAAAUUUUAAAUUAAACAAAAGUUUACACC